UGUGUGCUCAAAUGAUACCUACCACUACGGUAGUGCAUGUGACGCUAGCACUGGUGUCCGCUGCGUUGCUCCGCACCUUGGCGCUCGCUGUCAAGAAUGCCCACUGCCGCGCGCAGCUGCACUCGGUGCUGGACGACCACCGCGCCCUUCUUCUGGUGGUGGACCGCUUCAGCCGAGUGUUCGAAGAGCCGCUGUUCCACAUGCACGCCGGCGCCCUGGCGUUCGCGCUGCUGGCCACCACCUCGUUGGUCAAGGGCCACCGCGACUUCUACGUGGUGGGCCUGCUGCCAACCUCCUUCGCCUAUCCCACCAUCAUGGGGCUGGAGGGCGACCUGGUGCAGGAGGCGGGUGAACAGAUGCUGUUGAUGGCCUACGCCAGCCCGUGGCCAAGCCGGCUGUUCCAGGACGCUGCGGGGCUGGCCUUCAACAGGGACGUACUGGCUAUCAUGCUGCGCGCAUCCAGACCCGUCAACCUCAAGGCCCGCUGGCUGGGGUCGCUGUCCCUCCACACUCUGCACCGUAUCCUGGGCAGCUGGUACUCAUUCACGCAGCUCUACAUGGGACUCAGCUGACGUGCAGUACCAUUAUUUGGAUUCCACUGCACCGUGCUUCGUCGGCCGAAUUGCUUCAGAACCGAGAAUACGUAUAAAUAGGCUAGUGGACUGCAAAGCGGCACUUAACAAUCUCAAAUAGAAUCUCGGAAAAAUUCU